AUGACAAACUUGAAGUAUGUGAAGGGAGAUAUCUUAAAAAAAACCAGUUAUCCACGUCUGUUAAUACAUUCCUGUAACUGUAAUGGGUCAUGGGGCGGUGGUAUAGCCUACCAAUUGGCAGUAAAUUAUCCAUUGGCUGAACGGGAAUAUGUAGGCUUAUGUGAGGAAAAUGGAUCUGAUUUAUUAGGCAAGUGUAAACUAAUACCUAGUUAUACCGAUGAUAAUCUGAUCAUUGCUUGUCUUUUCACGUCUAGCUAUGGUGGGUCUUCUCAUGACAGUGCAGAAAGUAUUUUAAAGUACACUAAACAAGCACUAGAUGAUUUAUCGAGUAUCCGCUUAUCAUCGAAAGUUGUCUUGACCUCAAAGACUGGUAAGCAGAUCAGAGAUUACAACCUAGAGAUGCCAAAAAUAAAUAGUGGAAUAUUUGGAGUUCCUUGGAAGCAUACUGAAGAAUUAUUAAGGGCAUACAAAAAUGAAAUGAACUUCACAGUAUAUGUCUUGUAG